AGGUCCGCGUGUGGUUUGUUUAUGCAUUUAGGAUCGCAUGACUACUUAAUUCCUUCCUUCGAACACUUUGUGAGAAAGAGAAACCAACAACUUUACAGCCAACAUGAAGCUCAUCUUCGUCGUCUGUUUAAUCCUGCCGCUCAUUUCCGGCGCCGUGUUGACCGGAGGUAUCAACAACGACUACACGACCUCCUUGGAUGACCCCAACGUCAAGUUCGCCGUGGACGGCAUCAACAGCUACUACAAGGGUCUCGGCGACAGCACCUCCCGCACUGCCGUACGCCUCGUCUCCGCCUCUUCACAGGUGGUCUCAGGAACUCUCUACAGGUACACCAUCGAGCUCACGAACGGAGAAAAUAAAGAACAGUGUGACGUGAGAGUGUGGAGCCAGCCUUGGUUGCCAGAGGGACAGAGAACCGUGCUGGGUGGCGCACCCAAGUGCACGCAAGUGAAAGCUCCGUCUGCCCGGUCAAUGCUCGGAGCACCGGAAGUUGUGUCAAUAACUGAAGAAGAUGUCCAGUCUGCCCUGGGCGCCCUGGAGCAGCGGCAAACUGCCCAGUCCAACGGUCUGGUCUACCUCAAGGCUGUCUCGGCAAAGAAGAUCACGAAACAGGUGGUGAACGGCCUCGUGUUCUCCUUGACCGACGUAACUUUCUACGGCUCCUCUUGCUCCAGAACCCCUACCGACAGGACGACAUGCUCUGUGGCCGCUGAUGCUUCCUUG